UGUUGUGUAGGAGCAGCAGAACAGGAGCAGGAACAAGAACAGGAACAGGAACAGGAACAGCAGAACAGGAGCAGGAGAAGGAACAGGAGCAGCAGAGCAGGAGCAGGAGAAGGAACAGGAACAGGAACAGGAACAGGAACAGGGACAGGAGCAGGAGCAGGAGCAGGAGCAGGAACAGCAACAGGAACAGGAGCAAGAACAGGAGCAGGAAAAUGAGCUAAAACAGGAGCAGGAACAGGAACAGGAACAGGAGCUGGAACAGGAACAGGAACAGGAGCAGGAACAGGAACAGGAGCAGGAGCAGGAGCCAGGAGCAGGAACAGGAGCAGCAGAAUAGGAGCAGGAGCAGGAACAGGAGCAGCUGAGCAGGAGCAGGAGCAGGAGCAGGAGCAAAAAGGAGCAAAAACAGGAGCAGGAACAGGAGCAGGAGAAGGAACAGGAGCAGGAACAGGAGCAGGAACAGGAACAGAAACAGGAGCAGGAACAGGAGCAGGAGCAGGAACAGGAGCAGGAACAGGAACAGGAACAGGAACAGGAACAGUCCAGAUCAGGUCAUACUCAGAGUAGAUCAGCAGGUUCUUUCUGCAGGGCGUGGCCUGGUAAUAUAUCUCAGGUGGUUUGGAAUCCCCCUCCCUGCCUCGGUACAGACAGCUCUGUGGUUGUGGAAACUCCCUGCCUUCCUGGGUACAGACAGCUCUGUGGUUGUGGAAACUCCCUGCCUUCCUGGGUACAGACAGCUCUGUGGUUGUGGAAACUCCCUGCCUUCCUGGGUACAGAAAGCUCUGUGGUUGUGGAAACUCCCUGCCUUCCUGGGUACAGACAGCUCUGUGGUUGUGGAAACACCCUGCCUCCCUACAGGUAGCUCUGUAGCUGUCAUGGUCCUGCCUCGGUACAGGUAGCUCUGUAGCUGUCAUGGUCCUGCCUCGGUACAGGUAGCUCUGUAGCUGUUAUGGUCCUGCCUCGGUACAGGUAGCUCUGUAGCUGUCAUGGUCCUGCCUCUGUACAGGUAGCUCUGUAGCUGUCAUGGUCCUGCCUCGGUACAGGUAGCUCUGUAGCUGUCAUGGUCCUGCCUCGGUACAGGUAGCUCUGUAGCUGUCAUGGUCCUGCCUCGGUACAGGUAGCUCUGUAGCUGUCAUGGUCCUGCCUCGUUACAGAUAGCUCUGUAGCUGUCAUGGUCCUGCCUCGGUACAGGUAGCUCUGUAGCUGUCAUGGUCCUGCCACGGUACAGGUAGCUCUGUAGCUGUCAUGGUCCUGCCUCGGUACAGGUAGCUCUGUAGCUGUCAUGGUCCUGCCUCGGUACAGGUAGCUCUGUAGCUGUCAUGGUCCUGCCUCAGUACAGGUAGCUCUGUAGCUGUCAUGGUCCUGCCUCAGUACAGGUAGCUCUGUAGCUGUCAUGGUCCUGCCUCGGUGCUGCGCUGGCUGCAGUUCUGCUGUCACAGUGGAACAGGUACUGGGUGCAUCAGGGUUUUAUUUUUGGAGUGGUUGCCGACGGGAGAUCGUUGCCCCGCUAUGGUAGACAGGGUUCAGCUCACUCAGUCCAAGAUGACCCUGCCUCUGUGAGGUUACACUCCAGUCUGGGAUUAUAGCAGCCAAGGCCAGCCAGAGAGUUUGCCCCGAACUAGGAAUCCCUAAGGGGGUUAAAAUGAAACGCUGAUGGCAGUCAGGUACAGCAAUGGACUCCAGCCGGACCUUCCCGACCCCUCCCAGCCUCCCCCUCCCCUGCUGCCCAAACCAGACAAGGCCAAUGCCCGGCUGCAGAAACUCAUCAAGAAGAGUGCCAAGAAGAAAGCCCGACCCUCCCAGACUCCCAUCCCCUUCCGCUCCUGUCUGUCCCCCGUACACGAAGCUUCGGACCUCGAGCACAGCGACACACACUCGACUCCUCCCCGGUCACCGGACUUCAGUUUCCCCAUUAGGCCUCUGUAUGAUCCACACCCCCCCUCUCCGUUCUUGUUCCGCCCCAGUGGUCCAUAUGGUAACAAUCCUUACGGCCAGACAGGGGUCUUUCCCCCCCUACUGGACUACACCGCUCCCAUGCAGACAUCAGAGAACCAGGUGGCGCCCCUCUUUGAGUGCUCGUCGUUUAUGUUUGACGAUGACGACGCAGAAAGCAUGAUGCCACCCUCGCCUCCGCCACCCCCACCCCCACCCGUACCUGAGUUCUCACAAGGCCCAGUAGUUAAUCUGUAUGACUUGUAUUCAUCUGUAGCACUGAAUUUGUCUGGGUCGGUGGCCACGGCUACAGUAGCUCCAGACUCAGUCCCCAGUGUACCACAGUCAACUCCCUAACUCCAUGUUCCCCUAAGAUAUCAACUCAUGUUAUGACUCUUUCCUCACCAGUACCUAGUGGUGUGAGCCUGGAUCCGGGUCUGGCAAAAUUACCAGCUCAGGUCCAAGGUCCAAUCCCACUUCCUGCUCCAGUACUGAUGUCAGUGCCAACCCUUCAGACACAACCUCUGACCUCAACCCAUCAGGUGACGACACCCAGUAAGCCAAAGGAUGAGGCUCCAAA